GUAUCGAGCAUACCUGAUUUGAGAGCGCCUUGCCGCCUGACAUGUGCUCAUCCGGGUAUUUCUUCAAACUGUAACCGGCAGCUUUCCUGUGGCCUGUUUUUUAGCAAGUAAAGGAGAAUGUUUAGUGCUUUGCUUCACUGAUGUAAAACUUAAACGAGCACUUAACAGAAUACAUGCAAACAGUGGCGUUCGAGUUAGUUAAACAGGCACAUUAGCCACGAUAAAAGCACAUUACUGAAACGUGACGGUGAAAAAGUUACAUAACCGCUGACAGUAACCAAUCACAGUUGUAUGUUCCGUCUGCGUGUCUCCGUGGGUGGAGAUGUUGAUAUAGAAAUGAUGAUUUUUAUGGGCAACGACUUCCAGUAUUUACGUCUAACCCAAGGAAACUGCUCAUAGUUAGACUCUUCAAAAAUAGGAGCCACGUUACCUUACUUGACCCCUAUACCUUUACCAGUGUGUAUUCGAAGAAGGCUGAUGACAUGGUGGUAAAUACCAUCCACUGGUUCAGGAAAGGACUGCGGCUGCAUGACAACCCGUCUCUGAGAGACUCUAUCCAAGGAGCUGACACUCUGCGCUGCAUCUACAUCCUGGACCCCUGGUACGCUGGCUCCUCCAAUGUGGGCAUCAACAGGUGGAGGUUUUUGUUGCAGUGCUUAGAGGACUUGGACGCCAGCCUUCGCAAACUCAACUCCCGCUUGUUUGUCAUUAGGGGACAGCCUACAGACGUCUUCCCUCGUCUCUUUAAGGAAUGGCAGAUCACACGUUUAUCUUAUGAAUAUGACUCUGAGCCUUUUGGCAAAGAACGUGAUGCCAUUAUCCAAAAAGUAGCCAAAGAGGCUGCAGUAGAGGUUAUGGUGCGGAUUUCUCACACCCUUUAUGAUCCAGAAAAAAUCAUCAAACUCAACGGUGGUCAGUCUCCUGUGGCUUACAAACACUUUCAAACGCUGAUCAAUCAAUUGGAGGCGGUAGAGCUGCCUGCAGAGGCAAUCACACCUGAGGGCAUUAAAAAUUGUUCCACACCAAUCAGCGAAGGCCACAAUGAGAAGUUUGGUGUGCCCUCGUUGGAAGAGCUUGGGUUUGAGAUGGAGGGCCUGACACCAGCAGUGUGGCCAGGUGGAGAAACAGAAGCUCUCAUGAGACUAGAAAGUUACCUGGAACGGAAGGCAUGGAUGGCAAACUUUGAGCGUCCACAACUGAAUGCUAACUCACUGCUGGCCAGUUCCAUAGGGCUCAGCCCCUACCUGAGGUUUGGAUGUCUGUCCUCCCGGCUCUUCUACCUUAAACUUACAGAGGUGUACAAAGAGGUUAAUAUGGACAACACACCUCCAGCUUCUCUGUAUGGACCAGUGCUGUUGAGGGACUUCUUCUACACAACGGCUACAGACAACCCCUGCUUUGACAAGAUGGAAGGAAACCCUGUGUGUCUCCAGAUUCCCUGGGACAGAAACCCAGAGGCAUUAGCCAAGUGGGCAGAGGGUCGGACAGGUUUUCCUUGGAUAGAUUCCUUUAUGACCCAGCUAAAACAGGAAGGCUGGAUUCACCAGAUGGCAAGGCGUGCUGUGGCCUGUUUUCUCACCAGAGGAGACCUCUGGAUCCGCUGGGAAGAGGGCAUGAAGGUCUUUGAAGAGUUGCUGUUGGAUGCAGACUGGAGUGAAAAUGCCGGCAGUUGGAUGUGGUUUUCCUGCAGUUCAUUCUUUCAGAAUUUUUUUAGCAGUUAUUGCCCUGUAGGACUUGGACAACGGAUCGACCCCAAUGGUGACUACAUAAGGCGUUACCUACCGGUACUAAAGGGAUUCCCAGCCAGAUACAUCCAUGAUCCAUGGAAUGCUCCAGAAGAAGUGCAGAAAGCCGCCAACUGUAUCAUAGGCAUGGACUACCCUGCACCAAUGGUCAACCACGCUGAAGCCAGUCGCAUCAACAUAGAGCGGAUGAAACAAAUUUACCAGCAGCUUUCCUGUUACAGAGGACUUGGCCUGCUGGCAACUGUGCCUACCAAUGCUAUUAAUGGUGCAAGUGGCAGUAAUGUUGGAGUAACUCCAGAGACCAGUGAUGCUCUAGAAACAUCCACUGAUGCUGUGUCCUUCCAACAUGGAACAGGCAGAAGACAACUGACGCAUAAGCGACGUUUGGAAGAAGCUCCCACUAAGAAUUCCAAAUCCUGGCGACAGAGCAAGUAGCCAUUUCAAAAGGAUCAUAAAACAUUUCUCAGUGUCCUGUGUGCAUUUUGUGGAAGCACACUUAUGUGCCAAUAACACAGUCGCAGUAACUAUGACGAACAGUAUACAGUAUGUCAAAGAGGUAGUAAUAAUAGAUGUUCCAUUGCCUUAUAGACUCUUAUGUUUAUUAACUACCUGACCAGACUCAGCCUUUUAGCCAGAGCAAGAUACAGUGACAUGUAAUAUUUCAGGACCAAACAAUCAGAGUUUGGCAUCGUCAAGAGAGAGUAGAACCACCAGAGCGGGUCAAUAAAUAUUGACAUUAGAAUGUCAGUCAUUGAGUCUUCCACAUAGUUGUGCUUUAAAAUAUUUUCUGAGAUGCCGUCCAUCUUUUAUGAUAAAACCUUAACUUAAAAUGUUUUUUGUCAUUUCAGUGAGAAAGGGAGAGGUUCCUGUACAGUUCUUUGCUCUCUGAGCUUUAAUAUACAGAUAUCGUAUUAGUAAUUUGUAAAGAAUCAUAAUUCCUUUUUCAUAAAUCGUUUUCAUAAAUCUUUUUUUUUAAUUGAACAAGUCUUUAAUUAGGCACUCUCAGCUACAUGUGUUGUAAAUGUGUGCAAACACGCCUUGUCAUGACUUGUUUGCCUGUACAUAUUGAAUGACGAUUUAAAUACAGAAUAAAUUAUAAAUAUAGAUAAAUAUAAAUUAUCAUAGAACAUAUUAGAAUCUGCCAUCCUGGAGCAGCUGGUUUCCCAGAGCCUUUAAUGAGCAAUAUGAACAAAAUAACAAAUUAUAUUCAUGCUAAUACUAAGUAUAGCUCUCUCUAUAUAUCAUUUAUAUUGUAAAUUAUGACAUGCUUUUAUUGAUUACAUUUGUUAGGUCACGGUUUUGCUUCCAACGCAGUGGAGAGACUGAGGACUCUAAACUGAUAUGUUUACCUUUUAUAAUGUAAAGUAGUUUUGUUUUCUAUAUUGUUUCUAUUCUGUGUUUUUCACCAAAUGCACCAUUUUGUUCUUCUCAUGCUGACUUGAGCUGUUCUGAUAAACAAACGUUAAAACCUUGAUUUUGUCAGGAAUAUUGUUCAGUAUAAAUCUGACUUAUUUUUGUUUACUUCACUGAGCCUAGGUUUCAUCAAUGUUCUAUGAAAGAAACAACAAACAACUCAUUCAUUGGAUGAACUAACUUAACUUAAACCCAAUAGUAUCUGUUUAUAACAAAAUGGCAAGAAUGAACUACUUUUCAGAUAAAUGUGAUUUUCUAAUCAAAUGUUUCGAAAAUCACAUACCCACAACAAGGGUGGGCCAGAUGUAAAGUCACAAGGUUAGUGGUGUGAGUGGGGGGUGAUACCAUAGCUAUGGACUAAUAGAUUCACAUGAGCAACACCUUUGGCUGGGUGUCCUCUGAAAUGAAACUGUGGUCUUGUUUUCAGGGAGGAGGUUGAAUUUUUUGGGGAGAGAAUUCAGGGUAACAUUAUAGGUGGAUGAAAGGUUUUCUUGACACAUUGAGAGAUGGUUUCCUUAAUUCCUCUCUCAAACCAUCUGUCUUCUCUUUCUGCAACAACCCUUGUUACAUUUGCAGCCUGAGGAUAAAUACCAGAACUUCCCAGUAGUAAGUCAGAACUGAUGAAACACCUUCAAAAAACCUACUCCGUCCAGUUUCCCUCGAUGUAACUAUUUCUAUGCACUUGAGCUUAUGUGUAUCAUGGUACAGUAGUUCCAGUUAGACAUAAAGACAUAAAAUCGGCAAAUACUGUAUAUAUUUAUUACAACCUGCAUUUAAUUUAGAGUAAUUUCACAACAACGUGAUUGACUUUGUUAAAAGACACUACAGAAAAAGAGCAGCCUAAAGAUGAUGAGUCCUAAAUGUUGCUGUUACUAUUUUAUAGGAUCAGUUCCUCAGCCUUACAGUCAGGUAGUAAUGUCAGAGCAAUCUGAAAAUAAAGUAAGGCAUUACCAUGAAACCACUUCAGAAAAGCACAGUUAAAUUAAGUACCAGUUUUAUCUGUAGUCACUAGGGGUGUAGAUUGGCAAGAAUCCAUAUGUAUGAUGAUACAGGGGCAACAAUGUGAUAUAAUGUAAUACUAUAAGAACGACAAUAUAUAGUUAGUUUUUUUAUUUUUUUAUUUAAUUGUAGGAAAAUGUCAGUAUAGUAAACACACAACGCUGUUACACGUUUAACGACGGGUUACUAAAGUUGGACCAGAGGGAUCUAUAUUCGUAAUCGCUAGAGAAGAAAUAAAAGCACAAUAAAAUGUCAUUAUUAUUUGACUUUAUUUUGUUAAUAAAAAAUGUUGAUACUA